AGCAAUGGACCACCAUCAGCAGUAUCUCCCCGAACCCCUAAAGGUUGCCUAUAGAAAACUCAACCCAUAUGGAAGGUUCCAGCAACCCAGAAAGAAAAACGGCUCACUCAAAAGGAAGGGGAUUGAAAGAUGGCAUAGAGCAGUGUCUACUAACUUAGCAAAGCAAAAUGUAUUGGUCCCCAAAGAGGAAUCAUCCAGUGAAAGUGAUGUGGGAUUUCACGAAAGCCGGCAAAAUCAGAAAAGAAAUGUCAUGAAGAAAGUGAAGACGGCUUUGGGGAGGAUGCUGUCACACAAGUACAGAUGCAAGCCUGCAAGUCCCAGUAGAAGGGGCUCCAGGAACCACAAGGAAGCCCUCCUGUCCCCUACACAGAGCCUUCUUCCUCGGAUUGUCAGGGAGCUUCCGUCUCCCAAGUUAUUUACCAAGCCAAGAAUAAGAAAGCUGUCACAGAAUGCCACCAUACAGAUUGACCUGGAGGCGGAGACGGAGGAGAUAACGCGAGGGCGUGGCCUCCUGCGGGCUCGGAGAACCACCAAGCGCUUGUCGGUGACAUCUCUCCCCUCGGGACUGCUGAAGGUACCCUAUUCAUCAAAAAAGAGACGACACUUCCCAGCUCUUAAAAAAAAGAAACGUGGCAUGGAAAAAUUCCUUCGAAAAUCAGAUUUGACAGUAGGAAAGCUUCAAAUGCAGGCAGACGACCUCAUAGAGACAGUGACUGAUAAAUCCAUGAAGCUAUUGGCCCAAAGACACGCUGAACUUCAACACUGUGAGUUUCUAGGGGAUGAAAUUCUUGAGUCCUCCAAGCAGUUUCAGAGAAUAUCGAAGAGAACCACAAGGAAGUACAAACUGAAAAAUGUGUGCUUCCCGUGUACCUGUUGCUGCUUCUGAUUUUGGUCUUGGCUGUAUAUGUUAUCUGAUGUAUAAUCCUGAAUACAUAGCUGUCUAGUGAAUUAUUCAGUGAGAA